AGUCGUUACAUUGUCGUCUCCCCGUGACCAGCAUCCGAUUCAGAAUCGAGGAAAAUAAUAUUUACACGGUCGACCCAUUCAAGGAGACAAUAUGGUCUUCGUGUCCGAUUGCUGGCCGCUCGAGGCUUGCAUAGGCUGCUCAAUCCGUUAGGUACGAUAUCGGCCGGUCCCAUAGGUCCAUUUCUGGCCCCUUGACAAGACCCGCUUCAUCCAAGCCGCUCAUAAUAGGAGAGAAAUCAACCCCAAGUCCUCGAAAAUUUUGCGUACCUAGGCAGAUAAGAUGUUUUCUUGCCUUUGGCUUAAAAAUAUGGCGACGCCGAGACAGAGUAACGUAGAGCGUGGGAGAUGGCGUAUGAAAUGUCGGGACAGGCUCAGUCAACAUAUCGAGGAGAGGCUGGGCAUCAAUAUACCGCCCUCGCAAGUCAGGUUACAAUCGACUCGCAACGACGGAUAUGCCUGGCAAGUGCUUCCCGAGAAGCAACAUCUGUUUUCCAAGAAUCUUAGUGACCACUCCGUUGGAGCGUAUAGAGAUCUAUGCGAGGGAGUUGGCGUCACUUUCGAGGCAGUGCGGGCCACGCCCGAAUCAUACACCGGCCAGGGCGCAUUUAACCCUACGGAGCCCGCUCCUCCCAGUUUCGCCUCGCGAAUUAAUGAGCUCCAGGUCCAGAACGACUAUCUGAAUCAGCAGCUCAACUUCCUUAAGUUUCAGCUGGAAGCGGAAAUCAAGCUGCGACUCGACGUCGAGGAAAGGCAGAAGUCGGCCGACGAGAGAUUUAAUCACAUGCGGGAGAAGUUCGACGCUGCGACCCGCCGAGAGGGCCAUUUUCGAAGCCUGGCAUUAAGGUACUCUCAAGGCUUUUCCAAGAUGAUACCAAUCAUAAAUAAUCUGCAAGAGGACCCCGGGAUCACAGAAGAGGGAUACUUAUGAAUAUAUGUAGAAUGCUUCAGAACUUUACUUUUUAUGCUUCGGCAGCAGCCAUUUGGUAUUGGCUUUCCUUACAGUUCGUUGGUUCUUGUUCUUUCUCAUGUAGCAGGCAAUUAAAAGCCGUAAAUUCCCCAUUCUCCACAAAAGAGCCUAUUCCGGUAAUUCUUAUCCCAGAGCAAGUCGGUGAUAAUAACCCUUCGUAAACUCAGGGCAUAUAAGUGGGAAAGAGGUGUUAUGUGGCUUGUAAGCUUGUUCGAGAUAUUGUCUUGACCCAACUCGACCAGAUUAGGCAACUACAGGUAACCAGAUGUAACAGAAG